AUGAACACCACGCGACGGCCCUUAACGAACGUUGAACAAGUCUACAAAGCAGUAUACCUCGAGCUGUGCUCGUUGUACACUAAACGCGACUGCGACGAAGCUGAGAAACUAGCUUGGCAAUACUAUCAAGAUCCAUACAUCCCUCUAAUCUUGCGAAUUAUGUGCUGCAACGUUCUAGGCGAAGCAGAGGGCGGCGAGUAUCUGCAGUUCGCAAGGGAGGCCGUGGAACACGCCACUGCUGGUCUAGCGCUGGAGCCAGAGAAUGGGGUGGCGCAGUUGAUGCUCAGAGAGUCGAAGCAGAUCUUGAAGAGUGCAGAGGCGGAUGCUAAAGACCAGUUGCUUGCCUUGUCUGACUUGCAGAAGGAGCGCGACAAGGCAGAAGCUGAAGCAAAUGAACUCAGCGCUAAUCCUACUGCUCGCAACCCUUCUCCAGCAUCUGCGCACGAAUCCCAGAGCCAGCCUUCGAUCAUGUCCCCAUCUGCGUCAUCUAUGUCAACACCACAGGUCCAAGUGAACUCCAUGUUCAGCCCGGUCUCGUAUCCUCAAGGGCUGUCAUCGAAGGAAGGCGCGGACUGCUCAGAGGAUAUUCACGACAAGGGCUUCUAG